AUGUCUAACUACCUUAUAAGAAUCUGCAUUAUUUUAAUUAAUUGUAUAUGUAAGGAUACCUUAUUCUAAUUUAGUAACUUGGAGUUGUAAUCAAGGAGAAGUUAAUAUUAAUGGUUAUUGUUUAACUUGUCCACUAAAUUGCAUAAGUUGUUCAAUUGUUUAUCUUUGUGAUAAUUGUAAGCCAGAAUAUUACGUCAUCUCUUCUACGAAGUAAUGUGGUAGCUGUUCAACUGGGUGCCAAAUUUGUAGUGGUAAUAGUGGAUCUUCCUGCUCCAGUUGCUUACCUCAAUAUUAUAAAAGCACAUCUGGUUGUGACUUAUGCCCUGCUUAUUGUGCUACUUGUACAUCUAGUACUGUAUGCUAAACAUGUGUGGAUCACUAUAUACUUAUUGGAAAUACUUGCUCAGUUUGUGAUUCUUCUUGCAAGAAUUGUUAAACGACUACAUCUAGCUGCACAUCAUGUGAUCCUGGCAAAUAUCUUUCUGGUUCUUCGUGUCUUCCUUGCUCAUAUCCAUGUUCUGAGUGUAUCAAUAACUCUAAUUCUUGCUCUGCUUGCAUUGAAAGCAAUAAAACAGCAGUCAAUCAUCAAUGUGUGUGUGAUGAAGGAUAUUAUAUUGAUGGAUCAAAUCAAUGUUAAUUAUGCACAACACCAUGCUCAAAGUGUGAAUAUAAUACCAAUAAUUGUACAGAUUGCGUCUCGACUUUUACAUUAAGUGCUAGUACACAAUAUCAAUGUAUUUGCUCUCCUGGCUAUUUUUAUGUUGAUUCUCAAAUAUGUGAGAAAUGUGUAAGUUCAUGUUUAACUUGUGAAUUGAAUAGGAAUCACUGCUUAACUUGUGUUGAUACUAAUUCAGCUGUCAAUAGUAUAUUUAAAUGUGUUUGCAAUCCAGGUUGGAUUUUAGAUUUUGAUGGUAUUACAUGCAUAUAAUGUUAAUAACCAUGUGUAGAAUGUGUAGGUACAAUUAGUAAAUGUAUUACCUGCUAAGAUUAAUUACAUUAAAAACUUGAUACUUGUGAAUGCGAACCAGGGUGGAUAAAUGAUAUGAAUUAUUUUUGCAUUCCUUGUUCAUCACCAUGUAAGACUUGCUAAAAUUUUACAUUCUAAUGUCUAACAUGUUUGGAUGUUAACCAUGAGCUAAACAACUUAUCCUAAUGUGUUUGUAAAUCUUCCUAUUAUCCUGAUACUCUAACCACAUGUGCCAAAUGUUCAGAGUCUUGCAAAGAAUGUGACCAAAAUGGUUGUAUCAGCUGCAUUGGUGUAGAUCAAAUCAUAGAUCCAAAUAAUAACUGUACUUGUAAUCCUGGUUUUGUUUUAGUAAGUACCUAAUGCAUUCUACAGCUCACUAGAUAUUUUUUAAGGUUAUGCUUUGUCUUUUCAAAAGAUAUAAUUUUAUUCAAUUUUAAAAUUGUACAUUUAAAAAGUUAAUCAUCCAGCCAAAAUUAAUAAACAUCUACUAUCCAAAUCAGUUAGGCUAAUUAUAAUUUUUGUUUCGACUUAUUUAAGAAUAUAUUUCAUAAUCGAGAUGUUGCUCAGGAGUAGAAUUUGUUUAAUUUACUGACCAUUACAUCAUUUAAACAUAAUUUAUUAUUUUUCUAAGAUAGAAAUGACAACCAAAUUAUUUGA